UAAUCACUGUCUGACCUUUGCCGGUUAUUGUCAAGGUCGUGUUCUCUGCGGCAAUUCAUGACAUGCAUUGUCGCCCGAAAUUCUUCGUUUACUUGACAUCUGUUGUUCAGUCGAGUAUCACCUAAAUAAUACAGUGAUACCACGGAUAGUAUAUGAAAGAUCGACACUGCAGCCAAUGACAUUGAUGGAUAUAUUACGGUGAUGUUAUUGGUAUCAUAUUGUGUGCUAGGUGUACAACCAUUACUGAAUUAAAGCCAAUGCUUUUAUGUAUGAAAUUCGCGUACAUUUGCAUUGUCAAUGGGUUUUUUUUUUAGCAUACUAUCAAAAUAUUUUAAUAUCUGUACCCAGUUACAUACAUGUACAUUUGCUGGUUGUAUAUAACAUCGUGAUGAUUUAUAAAGGGAAAUUGUGUUGAACAGAAACAGAUGGAUAUCUUGUUCUUUAUUUAAUUCUGUCAUCGAAAGAAAACCCCAUAUAGAAGCGGACCGGGUCGAUAUAACCGUUCAAAUAGAUUAUAUAAUAAUUAUUUGACAUCAACUCUUCACUUAUGUCAUUUCAAGUGAAAUCAACAACAGGAAAUGAAAACCUGUGAUAGAUAACGCAAUACCGAAUUACAGCCUACAUCCGGCUUUAAAUGCUGACGUGUACCGCUAUUCUAAUUGGCAGUGGCAAACAGUGGCAAAUUUUACAGUUUUCAAAAGACGAAUUAUCACAGAGAAUUGUACCAAGAGCAAAAGACUAAUGUGUGCCUUCUAAAACUGAUGCCGAAGAACUAGAAAUUACAAAUUACAUUCUUCUCGUAAAGAUUUUGGAGUUAUGAUGUACAUUUUAUUUUAGAAUCAUAUUGUUUGAUUCGGAAAAACUGGAGAUAUAUUCGUAUACUUUGAUUAUUAUUAUCUGGAAAUACAGAACGAGAUUUAUAUUUUUAAUAUUGUCAAGAUCACCAACUAUAUAAUAUGUUUUCUUCAGUUCUUUUACUAAUCGCUGUGUUGUCAAUCCUUGUGUACUGGAUAAUAACGUUCCUAUCGACGCCAUCAUCUGAAGAACAUCUGGUUUCUAUCUUGCCAGGCAAGUUACCGUUUAUUGGCCAUGCCUGGAAAAUGGACAUGUCCAAACCUCAUAUCAUACUGGCGAAGUGGGCUCAAAUGUUCGGGUCCAUUUAUCGAAUACAGUUAUACAAUAAUGAAAUUUUAGUCCUCAACGAUUAUAAAAGCAUAUACGAAGCAUUAGUUGUGAACGGUACAGCUGUAAGUGGGCGACCACCUAUGUACAGAACUUCUCAAGAUGGUCGCAACCGCCAUUCCAUUGUGUGGCAGACGUAUAACGACAAAUUAAUGUUUUUAAGAAAAGAAGUGUUAAAAUCUUUGAAAAUGUAUGGACAAGGUCUAGAACAAUUGGAAAGUAAAUGUAUGGAAGAAAUUCAGGAGUUACUGAAACAAUGCAAACUUGUUGAAAACAACCCGGUCGAUCCAUGGCAGAUUAUAUAUGAAUCUGUUUGUAGCAUUAUGCUGAAUUUGGUAUUAGGUUCAGCGAAAAGUCACAAUUCAAAUUCUACAUUGAACAAAAUCAAAGACAUGAAUGUAAUGUUCAACGAUACGUUUGGUUCUGGAAAUUCUCGAAAGAUGGAUUUUUUGCCAUGGAUGCGCAAUGUGUGGUGUUCUGAACAACAAAGAUUGAAAAAAGCAUUAAUUCUCCGGGAUGAAAUUUGGAAUAAUGACAUAAAACCCCUAAUGAGAUCUUCCAGUGACAGCGUUAUCCAUCGCCUUCUUAUGUUUUCGGAGCACCACAGUACGAACGAUUUGAACGUCUCAGAAGAUACCGCUAAAGAGGUCUUCACUAAUCUCAUUCUCGCUGGUACUGACACAACAUCCACAGCAUUAACUUGUCUAUUAUUACUGUUCCUUCAUUAUCCUGACGUUCAAGAAAGGAUGUAUGAAGAAAUAUCGUCAGUUGUUGAUAUUGAUAGACCACCACGGCUCACAGAUCGAUCAGCAUUACCUUAUUGUGAAGCUGUAUUACUAGAACUAUUACGUUAUAUAUCACAUGUGCCGUUAUCUGUACCACAUUACACUAUGCAAGAAACGACCAUAAAUGGUAAAAGGGUCCCAGCGGAUUUAACAGUAUAUAUUAAUCUGUGGGCAUUACAUCACGAUGAAAAUAUCUGGGAGGAUCCAUGGACAUUUAAUCCUGAUAGAUUUAUUGAUGAAAACGGAAGAUUGCUUGGGCCAGGUCAUCAGAAAAGAAGGAGGUUAAUGGUAUUUGGUGCUGGUAGAAGGGUGUGUUUGGGUGAAACGUUGGCUAAAAACAGACUUUUUCUAUUUGCAACAUCAUUGGUUCAGAAACUUACAUUUUCUGUGAUUGAUAGAGAAACACUACCUAGCUGUGACCCCAGAACAUUUGAAAUGGGUUUAGUGUUACACCCGAAGCCAUUUCAGUUAAUCUUAAAUAGUCGAAAUAUACAUAUGUAGUUAGUUUUUAGUUAUAAUAAAGUUAUAAAAUGUUU